GUGUGCGUGUAAUCUUUCUUCACCAAUUCAGUAUGUUAUAGUAUUGCAUCUGGUUCGGGUGGACUAGUCAUCAACAAAUGACUGAAUGAUUAUUGCUAUGUACAUUGUACAAGCCAGCAAUUGAAAAAGGUCCAGUGUUGGAAUCAAAACAUAAUAAAUGGGGAGAUAUGCUCUGCUGGGUGCGAGGGGUGAGAAUGGACUACUGCCUAUGAGGGAAAGGGAGAAUGGACUACAGGCAAUGACAAAGGAAAUAUACCCCUUCACUCAGAUACAAAUCAUAAUUUAUAUUCACUGACCUGGCUCACACCUACAAGCUUACGUUCACACACACUGAUUCUUUGUACAUUCUUCACACCUGCAUUCAUACACUGACCCUCUGCAUGCAGUUGCUUUUACAUUCAUGCACAUCAACCCUCCCUAAUGCUUAGUGCAUUUUCACAUCCCCCCACCACACACUCCAUACAAAUACAACCCAGCAUAUAAACACAUAAGUUGUGGUUAUAGUUUAGUUUUAAAAAGUGGUGACUAGCUGUCCGUCAUUGUUCAAACACUGAAAGUAUGACAGUCAUAUCUGUUGGCAAACUAUGGAGGCAUGGUUUAUUUGCUUUGCUGUGUGAUUUUGUUUACAGGACCCAGCUUAAUCAGUAGGUGAAAGUACUGGGUCAGUAAAUUAUUGAAAUCCCCUCCACUGUUUAUAAGGCUUGCUAAGGCACUGCAGUUAUAGGUGGAUCUUUAUGGGUAGACCCAUACCGUAGAUAACCAUGUAAGACCCUUUAACAACACUGAAGAAUUGACACACCAAGAAACUUGCAAUACACUUCCUUAUUCCAAACUUUUAUUUUUCUCGUAGCUUUGUAAAAAGGUUCUGUUAGUUACCCCUUUCAUCGCUUUUCUCCUCUUUCUUGUAGAACACAAAGCAUUAUGAAUUGUUGAAUUACAGUGAACAUGGAACAACCGUUGACAAUGUACUCUAUUCGUGUGACUUUUCUGAGAAGAUUCUCCCUACCCCUCCCAGCAGUAUUGUUGCCAAAGUGCAAGGCGUAAUAAGUAAGUCAUUGCUUCCUAUUUUUUUGCCAUGAGCAAUAAAAUGUAAAGUUCAAUAAAUUGGAGGUGCAUGUUUUUUUUUUUUUUCUGUUUUUUUUUACGUUAUGCGAUCUUUUAAAAUAAAUAUAUAUAAUAUAUAUAUAUAAAUAGGAAUAGAAACCGCAUUCAAAGAAUGUUGCUUAUCCAAAUAAUUUUUGAUUGCCAAGCAAUAAAGUGCCUUAAUGACUGAGAGACCCUGCCCCAGUCCUAUAAUCCAUUAAAGUCUGUCAGUAGCAAUGUUGCAAGGCAGUUUACAUAUCUGGGGGGUUUAUCAAGGGAAUGGGGAAGGGAUGACCCUAGGUUGUCCAGCUGGUUUGGCGGGAUGCCCCUCGUACGUAGGGGAGGAUGGCUAGCAAGUAUCUUCCGUCGCCGAGUUCUUGUUUGUUCAUGUGAUAGGACCGGAUCUCUUCUGCGCCACACCACGGAUGUCGUUCUUUCCAUCCAUCAGCUAUUGUGUUGUGGGGUUAUCAGUGUGGUUGUUGUAUGUGUCCCAUAUAUGUUUUAGAAACAUAGAAACAUAGAAUGUGACGGCAGAUAAGAACCAUUCGGCCCAUCUAGUCUGCCCAAUUUUCUAAAUACUUUCAUUAGUCCCUAGCCUUAUCUUAUAGUUAUGAUAGCCUUAUGCCUAUCCCACGCAUGCUUAAACUCCUUUACUGUGUUAACCUCUACCACUUCAGCUGGAAGGCUAUUCCAUGCAUCCACUACCCUCUCAGUAAAGUAAUACUUCCUGAUAUUAUUUUUAAACCUUUGUCCCUCUAAUUUAAGACUAUGUCCUCUUGUUGUGGUAGUUUUUCUUCUUUUAAAUAUAGUCUCCUCCUUUACUGUGUUGAUUCCCUUUAUAUAUUUAAAUGUUUCUAUCAUAUCCCCCCUGUCUCGUCUUUCCUCCAAGCUAUACAUGUUAAGAUCCUUUAACCUUUCCUGGUAAGUUUUAUCCCGCAAUCCAUGAACCAGUUUAGUAGCCCUUCUCUGAACCCUCUCUAAGGUAUCAAUAUCCUUCUGAAGAUACAGUCUCCAGUACUGUGUACAAUACUCCAAGUGAGGUCUCACCAGUGUUCUGUAUAAUGGCAUGAGCACUUCCCUCUUUCUACUGCUUUUGCCUUCACUACUGUAGGUCUUGGGCCAAAUUGAUGUUGGUGCAUGGCUUCAUAUGUCCAAUUGAGUGCAAUUUGGUUCACUAGGUGUGUAUGCGACGGUAUUUCUUUAGAUUUCCAAUGUCUCGCUAUUAGGAUAUGUACUGAUGUAAGCGUAUGGUAUAUUAACGCCCGGUGAGUUUUGGACAUCCUCUCAGGGAACAUGUACAACAGGCACAGUGCAGGAUUUUUUUUUUAUACCUGGUGGCAGAGCAUAUCCGACAUGAUUCGGAGGGCUUGUGUCCAGAGAGGAGCUAGUGUGGGACAUAUCCACCAUGUGAAUUAUCGUGCCCACUUCCCUCUCGCAAUGCCAACACAUGUUCAUGGAGGCGGGCCAAAUUUUGUGUAUUUUUUUCCGGUACUAAGUACCAACGGUAUAAUAUUUUCCGUUGUAUUUCUAGGUGUUGGACGCACAAUGUCAUUCCUUUAUGUGCAGUGUAAGCUCUUUUCCACUGUUCUGGGCUCAAGUCUGUGCCUAAAUCUGUGUGCCAAGCUUUUUUGUAGUGCUUAAGUGUUAAUUGUUGGCUGUGUAGGAUCAAGUGGUAGCACGUGGAGAGAGAUUUUAUGUUGGGCUUAUUUGAGCAUAUAUUUUCAAACUUUGAGGUUGGUGCGUUUAACACUUUCUCGGGAUUAGUGGGUGGGUGGGUUGUUAGUAAAGAUUUGACUUGGAGGUAAGGGAAUAUAAAUUUUGUGGGUAGAUCAAAUUGUUCCUGUAGGCAUGGGAAGGUUUUGAGGUAUUCCCCUUGGUAUAGGUGGAGUACAUUGGUGAUGCCUUUUUCAGUCCACAGCUUAUAGUUAAAAGUGGGGAUUUUUAAGCUUAUUGAUUGCAGGGGAGCUGCCAUCGGAAUUUUUGGGUGGUUAACCAAUGUUUUCCUCACCCCUUCCCAGGUGUCUACAAGCAACAGAGUAGUGGGGAGGCCUGGAAAUGGUUUUGGUCUCCGGGUAUUGUCAAUCCAAAAGAUUGGGUGGACGUGGUCCAUUUUAAGCCAGAAGGCUUCUAUUCCUGCCCAUUGUGGGAUAUAAUGGGAGUCGUGUGCUGCUAGCAUAGUGCUCAAUAAUGCCGCUUUGUAGUAUAGAUACAGGUUUGGGAUACCCAGACCACCGUCCACAACCGACCUGUGUAAAAUUUUGGCGGAUACUCUGCUUUUUUGUGUGUUGCCAUGUGAAUUUCAUGAGUAAUGAGGUGUGCAUUGCAUAUAUUUUAAUAAAUUGUACCAAUGCGUAAAAUGCUUUGAGGGUAGCCCAUAGUAAAUAUAGAAAAUAUUCCUUAUAUUUAGACCUUUUUUCGCUCCAUUAUAUGAAAGCUGGUUCCAAGUAUAGUGACAUGGUACCUGGAUAUAAACUACAGUAUAACCGCAAAAAAAUUCCAAGAUUGCAGAAGGCCAGUAAUAUUUUAACAUUGCAAAGUCCCUACUGUGUUGUUUUCAAAAUCCAACCUUCGUGUGUGAGCAGCCCAAAUAACAGACAAAGAAAACACAAAAGCCAAAAUAACUAAUGGUCCCAGGUUAUGUUGCCACAAUAAAAUAGUGUUUUAAAUUGCAAAACAAAAUGAAAAGAUUGCAGAAUGAGAUAACUAAGGCUUCGUGAGGACUCAAAUCUCUUGCUUACAUGUGAUUAUUGGUCUCUACAUGCCGAUACAAAGCUUGAUAUUUCCUCUGCAUCACCAGGCAUCUCCUGGACAAAGUAGCAGGACUCUCUUUGUGCAAUGCAUAGCACAGGCAGCUUUUUGUUUGAGCGUCCCACAGUCCUUCUAAGGGUAGAUAUAAGGAUUAUUUUCUAUAUUUUCUUGGAGACACCCUCAAUAUGUGUGAUAUAUAUUUAUAAACGUCCAGAUAUGUAAGCUGCUCUUCAGCACUGUUGCUGUGUAUUUUCACAGAUAAUAACAUUGUGGCAGGGCGUCUCAAUAAUUAAGGCGCAUCACUUUAUUGUUAUGUAAUAAAAAUUACUUGAUUAAGCAACAUUCUUUGAAUGCAGAGUCUACCUUUCUUUUUUUUGUAUUUUUCAUGUGGUAGUUCCUGUGUAGUCAGAUCUGUCUGAAUCCUACAUCAUCCAAAAAUGGGACGAUUCUCGAAGCUGUUGUGAACUAUUCAUGUAAAAAAAAAAAAAUUAAUGUCAAUUCCAUUAAAAAUUUCUUUUGAAGGGGGCGGAGCUAAGCUACAGAGCUGAAUGGCCGCACGUUGUCUGAGCUCCGGACAAAACAGCCACUUUUACCCUAAUUGCAGCACCCAGACACCACAUAGACCGUAAAACAGUAGAGGGGAUGGGACGAAAAACUAAAAAGUCCAAACCUUAUCAGCCAAGGCAGAACGCAAGCACCGGCAACCUCUGGAGACAGACCCUGAAUGCAGUGAGUCCAAACAUGGCCGCCUUCCCUGAUGAAAGCUCUGACAUCUCCGAUGAUUUCAUAACCGGAACAGAGGAAGAGCCCCUUCCCGCAUCAAAGGCCCCUCUCUCCACUCCCCCAUGACCAGACUCACCCCCAGUCACCAUAGCGGUUAUGAAGGACCUGCUGGCCGGGGUCCAACACGCUAUUCAGACGGAUAUGGCCCAAAUACGCACAGACCUGCAGGGCCUGACAGGCAGCAUAAGCGCCCUGGAACAUGGAUCCCUACAAACCACCAAGCAUCUACAGCAACUGGUAACCGAACUGCAACAACAGAAUCUUAAAUUUGAACACCAAUUUGCGGUACUGGUGGACCAGAGGCGCAGCAAAAACAUUAAGAUCCGGGGGAUCGCAGAAGACACACCGGAGGCUGAAAUGCCUCACUUUAUGCAAAGGCUUCUCACGGCCCUACUUACACCUAAACAUGCCAAAUGCAUGGAAGGGAUGUUCCGACUCCCAAGGCCUGCCACAGCCCCAUGCACACUACCCAGAGAUCUAUUGGUACGCGUUCCCUAUAAUAGGGAUAAAACAGCAGUGCUGAAUGCAACACAAAACCACUCUCCCUACCUAUUUGAGAAUGUCGCUCUCAUUCUAUACAGACCUCUCAUGGUUCACAAUGGCCUGGCACCGUUCACUUCAGCCCUCCACGGCACUUAUCCGCGCGCAAAACAUCAACUACAAGUGGAGGGGCUCACCCGCACUACAACUUUCUCACGGAGACUCCCGGUACACCAUCCAAGAUAUGCAGGGCGUGAGAGAACUACUUCCCACACUAAGCCUACGACGGGACAAUGCACCAUACCUGCUUCACUUGGGAUAGGGGACCCAACAACGACACUACCAUUUGUCCCCCGGCGGUUCGAAGCACAGCAGCCACAACCUGAUGGGACUCUGACUGCACGAGGCCACAUCUAAUUCUCCACGGGUCUCUAGCCUCAAGGGCUUAUGUGGAGGAACUCUAAGCACACAACAGUUUAAUGUGCACAAGUUACCUGUUCCCUUAUAUUUUGGUUUAUAUGUUGUUAUUCUUACUUUAGACACAUUAUAUUAGGCCGCAGAGAGACCAAAACACAAUGCACACCUAGUCUCACAAGCUGAGGGAAGGGUACAACACGCAGUCCCACUGCAACAGAUAUAGCCGGGUUACAGGGGAUCAUGAUCCACACAACCGGCCACAAGCCACCUUACCCUUCCAUACAUGCGUUCCACGCAUACCGGCCACAGGCGGACCACGCACAUCAGGCACACGGAAUGUCAUGUUUCCUAGGGACAUUUAGCUACGGUACACAACAGUGGCAAGAUGAGCACACACGCUAGUGUUUAGCCAACUUAUUCUCUACUUCAUGAUCUAAGUUUGUGAUUGUCUUCAGGUCCAACGUUAACUAAAUAUAAAAUGUGCAGUCUAUAUGAAGCCGUUUUACUGUCCUGAGCUGAUUGUUAGUAAUGCGCUUGAUACAGCUAUUGUGGCAUUUCAAGCUUGUUUGUCACCCUUUGCACGUGAAAAAUAAAGAAUUUUUAUUUUUUUAAAGUCUUUUGAAUUAAUCUUCCUACAUUUUAACAUUAGCUUGAUGCCAUUUUGUAUUUUGCCAGGCGUUUGAUAUAUUCAUAAAAAUAAUAUAGAUUAAUGUGGUGGUUUUGAUUUUGAAUGACAAUUUAACUUUAUGAGCAUUCAUUCAUUAAACUUUAUAUCGUAAAAGUUGAGCAAUUUCCAUGGUAACCCAUUUGGUGUUCUUUUAUUACUCUAGUUCACCCUGAAAAGUGUCCUUAAUGCGUGUGUGCGUUAACUGAUGUCAGAUAUCUACCAUUUUACAAAAAAAAGGACAUGCGUUAAAUGUUUUGUGAAAUGUGGAAGUGACACUAGAAUUUAUUUAUUUUUUUUUAUACCAAGGAUAUUUUACUGAAAACACAAAGCUGCUGCAUUCCAAAAGUUAAAAGGUUUCAGAAAUUAUGAUAUUAUUUGGUUUCCCAAAUGCACGGUUCAAUUUUAUUAUCUAAAGGCUGUUAUUUCAUUGUAUUGUGCACAGCCAACUGGACUUCUUGAACUAUACCAAUAUAAGAAAGUCUAAGGGAUGAAACUCUCAGUAUGAAGCACCACAAACUACUGCAUAAAACUAGCAGUGGUCCAAUAAAGCCAAGCAAAUAAAGUAGAUAUUCUCUAAUCCUUACAAAAUCCUAAAUUUCCCCAUAGCCAUGGUAAAAAGUAUUCACAGCCCUUUAGUUGAAGGUUUAACUUUUAAAUGCCAGUUCAAGAGCACGAUAGCUAGGGGGGUGGGGGGAAGGGGAAUAUCUUUAAACCCACUGGAUACCUGCCACACUGCUAAAGCCUAGUGUAGCAUUACAUUCCCAUCCUGCUGCCAUGUUAAUCAAUAUCUUUCUGUUUUCUAGUUAUUUGCCCAAAGACUGAUAAACCGCUCCGCAUUUACCAAACCGUAACGUAGGAAAUGAAAUCUUUAUAUCAACCUACAAACCUGUAUCCUCGCUCUAUGAAGAUGUAGUAAUGAUAAUUGCUAAACUCCUACUUGCCAGACAAAAAUCAUAGACAAUGUGUGUCUGGUACCAACACUUUUUCAAACUUUUCAAUAGUACAAAUGCUAAGUGUUUAAUAUUGACCAGUGCUUACACUGGAAUAAUCAGAUUUAUUUCCAUCACACAUUGUCCCAUACAUUUCAUAUAUUGACAGUUAUUCUAGAUGUAUGUAUCUUUCACUACGCUGUUUAUUGCAUUAUUUUCAUUUUUUUUCAGAACGCAGUAAGAGCCAAAACCCAGAGCCGGAGACCAUCAAGGAAGAGCCAAUUAUGAACUCUCGGGCACAAGGUCUCCAGCAACAGCCAUGCAACUGCAAAGCCAGCAGCUCCAGCCUCAUUGGAGGAAGUGGGGCAGGCUGGGAAGGUACGGCUCUUCUUCACCAUGGAAGUUAUAUUAAACUGGGCUGCAUCCAGUUUCUUUUCUCAAUCACGGAAUUUGCAACAAGGCAGCCGAAAGGUGAAAAUGAUGCCUUAGCACAAGACCUGGACUUGGAAGACAAAAUGUCUUUGAAGUCACCUCACCAGGUGCCAGUCUUAAGAUCCAAUUCUGUUCCUUAGGAGCCAAACACUAGAACUCUUACGAGACAAAAAAAAACUCUCUUCCUGAAUUAAGACUUACUCGUCAGAGGAAAUAUGCCCAGCGGCCUCUUGGAAUCCCCUGUUUUGGCAAGAAAGAGUUUGCACAUUUGCAUGAUAUGAAGAAAGCUCACUUUUUUAUUUUUUUUUCCUCUCCUUUGCUCACAUUUUAUGGGCAUUUGCACAUAUAUUUCUAUCAUACAUUUCAUAUAUUAUAAAUAUAUAUAGAUAUAUAUAUUUUUUUUUUUUUUAAAUUGUAAAAUUAAAAUAAGCAAUCGUCCCCUGAACGAAUUUACCAGAAUCCGAUCAAAAGGUCAGAAGACUUUCUGCAGGCCACAAACACGUGAAUCUAGACUUUUUUUUUUUCUUCAUGCCAUUGUAAAUUAAUAGACAGGAAAAACUUGUUCUAUUUUGUGCCAGUGACCAUUUUAUACAGAACUGGUUUUUCCGCAAAACUGUAUUUCUCAUAACAUGUUACAUUUAACAGCAUUAAUAGUCCCAAUACAGAACAGUGUGACAUCAAUCCUUUUUUCCAUUCUAACUACAUUUUCAAUAAAAGUAGCUUCACACAGACAGGCAUUGAGAUUUUUUGUACAUAAACAGAAGGCUGCCCUUUUUUUUUUUUUUCUUAUAAUAUUUUUAAAUGUGUACAGUGCCGCGUGUGAUAUGCCUUUGGCUCCGGUCUGUUGUAACAAAACAUUUUGUCGUACACUUGUUUGUCCUGUUUUUAUUUUAUUUUUCUUUUUUUUUCUUUUUUUUUUUCCUUUUGAUAUUUUUUGUUUUGAUGGGUUUUUUUUUCAGUUUUAUUUUUUUAAUUAUUGUAAUACUGCCACUUCUUGUGGAAGUCGGACAAGCUAGAUUUCAUUGUAAAUAUUAAUUGUAUUGUUUUAGAUUUUACAAAACCUUUUUUCCUG